UUCUUCCUUUUCUUUGAUUAAAUGUCGCCGAGAUCAAAGACGGAGCCGCGAAUGCAGAGCGGGUAGGCGGAGCUAAGCCGUAUACGUCACAGUGUUUGUGGAGGAAAAACGUCUUUUUUUCUUCUGGUGAUGCCGUUUAAAGGCCAAAUGUUGAGAGUUUUGGUGACGCAGCGACUGAGUGCAGCUGCCGAGGACAUAUUUGGACUGUUUGAAAGAACCAUCGCAGAGUAUGAGCAGGAACUGUGCCGGUCCAAAGAAGAGAACCGACGACAGCGACACCUGCUGGACGCCGUCUUUAACGCUGAGGUCCACUUAAAACAAACAGAUGUGCAGCAGGUGUUGGUGGGUCAAGUGGAAAAUCUUCUUGAGCAGCAGGAGUGGAGAUGCCAUCUGGAUAAUAAUGACCCAGAACCACCACAUGUUAAAGAGGAGCAGGAGGACACCUGGGCCAGGCAGGACAGGGAGCAACUUCCAGGUUUGGAGGAGUCAGAUAUCGGCCGCUUCACAUGGACUGAUGCUCCUGUUAAGAGUGAAGAUGAAGAGAAACCUUCACAGUGUCAUCAAAGCCCUCCUGAGACCAGAGAGGCAGAGCCGAGAGCCAGCAGCUUGGCUGAACACAUGAAAACAGAAGCCGAUGGAGAACCAGACCCUAAUUUAGAUCCUCGGGAGUCUGAGACUAACAACAUUGAUGGUUGGAAGCAAAACACAGAAACUCUGUCAGAUUUGAAGUCACUGAAAAGUGACGAGGAGACGUGCAGCUGCUCUGAGUGCGGCAAAAGACUAAAAUCCCCCGAAAACCUGAAGAGACAUAUGACAGUUCAUAGAGCGGAGAAACCAUUCAGCUGCUCCGAGUGUAAUAAAAUAUUUAAAUACAAGAUCAGUCUAAAGAGACACAUGAGAAUUCACACAGGAGAGAAGCCAUUUAAGUGCUCUGUGUGCGCUAAAAGAUUCAAUCAGACGUCGCUGUUAACGUACCACAUGAGAGGGCACACCGGAGAGAAACCAUUCAGCUGCUCCAUUUGUCAGAAGCGUUUUCGCCAGAGUGGACAUGUUGUGACACACAUGAGAGUUCACACAGGAGAGAGACCGUACACUUGCUCCAUUUGCAAUAGAGGUUUUACACAAAGGCGAAGCCUGUCGGACCACAUGACUGUGCACACAGGAGAAAAAAUACACCGGUGCAACAUCUGCGGGAAGAGAUACAGCAGGAAACCCACUUUGAAAAAGCACAAGUGUGCCUUCAACCAACCUCAGACGAAUCCACAGAUGUCCACCUGAAGGGACGAAAUAAGGUCUCUUCAGCACUUUGGCUAAUAUUUUUUUAGUUUUGUUUGGAACUGUAAGUAUUUGGUGAACUACGACUGCUUCACAAAGUACAGCUUGUAUUUAUUGUGAAUUCUUAAUACAGUCCUUCAAAGGUUUGUCUUCCAUCAUUGUCUUUCUGUUCUUCUGUUCAUCUCCUCAGUUCUUACGAACCAGCGGCCUCAUGUAUAAAAUCAUUGUGUAGGCGUCAUACUAGAAGUG